GAGUGCUCUGUUCAGUGGAGUUUCCAAUUAGGGCCCUGUCUCAGCUGCUUCUCAUUCAUCAAAUGCCAACGUCACAGAGGUGAAAUCCAAGGUGAGAAAAACUGAAGUCAAAGAGAGACAAGACUUGCCCAACAUCACAUGCCGGUUGAGAUACAGGCAGAACUUGAUCUAAGUCCUCCAACACGCAGGACUUGUACCACUUUGUCUUUAGUUCUUGCACAAGGAUCUUGCCCUGAGGUGGAGCCAGGAGGAGGCAAACAAGUGCCACACGAUCCACCCCUCUUCCUCCUCUGACUCAGAUCCUCUGGCCUCCCCAGGGCCACAGAUGUUAAUCUGGGGAUCGUAUUAGGUGUUGGCAGCAGAAACAUGAGGAUCCAGAGCAUCCUCCUCCUGGUGGCCCUCCUGGCUUUGGGGAGCCAAGUGCCUGCUGCCUCUGGCAGGAGAAAGGGAGAGAAAUAUGGGGGCUGCCCCCCAGACGAUAAGCCCUGCCUCUCAGUGCCUGACCAGUGCACAGGUGACAGCCAGUGUCCCUCAGGCAAGAAGUGCUGUUCCCAAGCUUGUUUCCGCCAGUGUGUCCCCAGGGUCUUAGUAAAGCGAGGCAGCUGCCCCGAGGACCGGCUGCGCUGCCUCAGCCCGGCGCAGCACCUGUGUAACCAUGACCAUGACUGCCCACGAGGGAAGCGGUGUUGCCCAGGUGCCUGUGGCCGGGACUGCCGAAACCCUGCCAGAGGCUAAAAUCUGGUUUAGGAUCACGGCUCUGCACCCCCAGCAGGAAGAGCCAAGGACCUGUGUACCCAAAGAGAAUUAUCUCUGCCAGGAUCCAACCAGAUAGACACUGACCCAUCGUGACUUCUCUGCAACACAUUUGCCCUGGCUUCUCCUCCUGGAAGUCCAGGUCCACAGCCUGACCUCCAAGGCACUCCUCUUUAUCACCCUAGGACUCAUGCUGAGCUUCCCACCCUUCUGAAUAACCAUUUUCACAUCUCUCUGCACAUUCUGUUUCCGCCGCCUAAAAUGCCCCACGCAGGUGGGCCCAGGCUUGUGGAGCCCAGACCCCAGAAUGCAAGUCCUAGCAGAAUCUCUAAACAUCAGGUCAUUCACACACACAUACACACAUACUUCCACAAUUUUCCUCUGUUGCACGCUGCCUGUACUACUAUUUACUUAAUGCUUCCCUUUAAAUGAUUCACUUUGGUAUAUAACUGUAUUUCAAUAGAAAACAAUACUCAAGAUCACUGGCCACAAAUAGAAUGUAAAUGUAAAAAGAAAUACAAUGAAAACAGCUCAGUUCCAUUAAAUUAAAUCAUAUCCAAUUAAGCAAUAUUAUUAAACUCUAGAUAGAUGAGGCCACCUGCCAAGACUGAGCCUGGAGGUUGCUCUCUGUCUUUAAUAAAUGGAGAUUAGUAAAGGUUAAAGAGAUGUCAAAGACGCAGAGCUCUAAAAUGGCUCUAAACAUGUAAUCAGGAUCGAAAAGUGUAACUGUCUCAAAGAGUCAAUGUUGUAUAGUGUUGCAUCCAAAUACUCACCAGGACCAUUUUGUUUUUUAUUUUAUUUUAUUUUAUUUUUUGGUACCGGGGAUCAAACUUGGGACCUUGCACUUGAGGCAGGCAGUAGAACCACUGAGCUAAAUCCCUGGCCCCACCAGGACCAUUCUGGAUUGCAACCACAGUUUGGGAAAUGUUGUUUGAGCAGCUGGAGUGCCAUGCUAAUGGUGGGUCCAUCCCCAGUACUGGGCUACACCUCACUUGCCUCAGUUCCCCUAGGGCACAGUCUGUAGUCAGGGCUAGUGUUUCUUUUUUGGAGAAGGGUCAGUGAAAGGAAUGACAACCAUUCCAAAAGACACCCCUGGACCCAGAUAUCUGCAUUCCUGACUCUUCUUCUCCACCAACACUUGGUUUGGGAAUGGAAAGAGCCGGGCACGUUCCCCCCUCUUUCUUUGUUCUGCUAUGGACUCAGCAUUGUGUUGUCAACUGUGGAGAUGAACUUGGAAAUCCUGGGCCUUCUUUCCCUCUUCUCUUGACCUCUCCUUGUGAUCCUACAUGAGUUCUUCACCACUCCAGGCUUCUGUUUGCACAGAAAGAAUUCCACUUCCUCCCUAGUUGCCAAAAUCCUUCUCCGGGGAUUCAAAUGUCUGAAUGGUUGACUCAAAGUAGCAAAUGCUAAUUAAAUGGAUACAAGGUGAGGCCUGGUAGAGGAAGAAAGAGCUCUUUGGGAGUCACUACCUGUGAACUUGAUAUUUCUUUACUUCCUCCUGGGCCUCAGUUUCCUAGUCCAUAACCUCAGGGAGUUCACAGAUAAUUUAGAGGACUUUAUUCUUUGCCCACAAUUGUCCCUUCCCUUCCAUGAAUCCUAGGGGAGAGUGUGUAUCCCUGCCCCUAGCGAUUUGGGGCUUCACUAAGAACUUGUUCUAGCUAAAGGGCUGUGGGUGGAAGUGACAACAUGGCAGUUUCAAGACCAGUCAGCAGCCUCCUCAGUCACAGCCUGAGAGACACAUGGGGGCAGCUCUAAAGCUGAGCUGUCCCAGCCAAGCCUCAAAUUUGCAAGAGAGAAAUAAAUACUUGCGGUAAGAA